GCAUUUUCCACGACGGCGCGGGAAUGAGAGCUGCGCGGCAGCGGUUGCAGGAAGCCUGCCGAUCCUCACCCGAGCUUUUCUUGUGAAGGGAGCCGAAACAUCGACCGAGCUGUACUCCAAAGCAAUAACGGCAUGGCAUGUGUGUACGGAGGCGUUGGGUUCUGCAUUCUGGGAGUUCCAGCUCAGGGACUCAGACUGGCCCGACUGGCUGGGGCUCGAGGCAAAAAUUGACAUUCGACGAAACUUCUUCAUUGACGGUCAUCUACAUGUUUUUCUCUGCGCGCCCAGCCCUUCGCCAUACACGGGGAUUGUCGGUGAAAGCCCCGCAUGUCAAACACCUGCGUCCUUGCUGAAGGAGGCCCUACCCUUGAUGUUGGAUUAUUCAAAGCAACUACAUGGCAAGCUGCUUUACCGGGCUACUCCGAAAGGGACGGCACGAGUCAUUCUAGGUGGAUGGCAGAGGCUCCGUGCUGCAGUGUGCAUUGCGGGCCUUGCUCGCAGUUUCCACCUUGCCAGGGUGUACAAGUCUAUUGCUGACGCAAUCCGCAGCCUGAAAGUGGAGACCCAGAUUUUUUACGUACUCGACUUGCAGGGACGUCCAAUUGAGGACUUCGACGAAGCAUGGAAAGCAUUGCCUCCAGAUGGAAUGGUACUGUAUGAUGAACAGCGCGGCACAGGUGCCAGGUUGCCAAAAUGCCACUGGGCAACACCGAAUCACGUGAACAAGAUGUUUGAGAAGUUUCGGAGUUGUCUGCAUCUUAUAACGGCAGCCGAGAAAUCGCAACGACAACGCUUCGACUGGGCCGUGCGCUUGCGCCCUGACUUUGAGUGGCUCGCACCCAUUGGAAACCUCAGGACGUACGAUGCACAGAAGGUGCACAUCGUGCGGCACUGGAUUCAUCCUGACAGGUUUUACGACACGACAGAUUUCUUUGCCUUGGUUCCUCGCAAGUAUGUCCGACCGUACUUUGGUGUCCAUUGUCCAUUACGUUCUCAGGUACGCACAGCAGCAUUCCUAGAUCUAUGCUACGGUUUAAUCUGCAACUCCACAGACUGCACAGUUCAGCCAGAGUGCGCGCUGCAAUUACGGUUGAGAUCGCACGGGGUGCCGGUGGAGCCGUUCCCAUCCAUCACAAACAUAGUACGCGAAUCCACCUGUCAACCUGGAGAUCUGAAAUGCCUUGCUGGUUGGGAUAUCUUAGCUUGGCGCAAUUAUCCUGAACGCUGCUUCUUGUGCUUCGGGUAA